AUGCCUUUUGCUGCGCCAACCGGAGAUGCGGGCUUGGAGUUCUUCAACAUUAUUGACGGCAAGCCCCGUACUGCCAAGGACUUUGAUCAAGUCGUCGAUCCUCGCACGGAGGAACCGCUCUGGAACGUCCCGGUCGCAACGGCUCAGGACCUCGACGAUGCUGUUGCGUUGGCGGCGCGUGCCUUCAAGACGUGGGGAAAGACCACCAUAGCUGAGCGUCAGAAAAUCAUCCAGGAUGUAGCAGAUUGCAUUCACCAGAACCGGGAGAUCCUGGCGAUAGCUCAGAUGAAGGAAACGGGCAAGUCUUGGGCCAUGGCGAACGUCGACGUUGAUAGGGCCGCCGGCCAUUUUGAGUAUUACACGGGUGUCUCGCUCGAGGACGAGAUUCAGUACGAAGACGACGAGGUUACCAUCCUCGCAACUCAGGUCCCAGUAGGCGUCCUCGGCGCAAUCUCACCGUGGAACUUCCCCAUGCUUCUCAGCAGUGUCAAGAUCGUCAGUGCUCUAGCUACGGGCAACUGCGUCAUCAUCAAGCCAUCCCCCUUUACGUCAUACUCGCUGCUGAAGCUGUGCGAGCUCGUCCAGCCGAUCCUCCCGCCAGGUGUCGUCUAG